GCGUCGGUGGAAACGACGAAGGACAUUCCGCACGCACUCUCGGAACGAGGACGACCAUCCAUUUCUUGAGGGAUCACACGUGUAUCGCGGUUCACCGAUCUCUGAUUUCGUUGUUGCGUGUUUCGAUCGACAUUUUUGUCACCGUCUGAACAGUGUAAACGUGUAUUGAGUAGUGUCCCCAAAACACCGGUUCCAAACUCGUGCAUUGGCACGCAGUUGGCACCGCAUUGGACUUGGUUUGCAGCAGGCAACAAGGAAAUACGAACUAACCGUUGACCGACCGCUUAGAAUAGCUGUGGAACUAAAGAGAAAGGAACACAUUCAAAUCGCACCCUUUUCGCAAUACGCUGGUAGUGUGCUGUGUGCUGUGCGGCCUGUAUCUUAUUUUCGUAGUAUUGCGUCGUAACGAUAUUGACAGGUGGGCGCGCAUUUCACCUGCUUCGCUGGUUCGAGUUCCGGUGCUCCGAUAAGUGAAAGAUAGCGAACCCCUCUAUUCGGGGGUAGAAUCAUCCCGGCGAUAGUGGACCGCAAACUGGACUGUCAACUGGAACCGGUGUUCUUGGUGGACAUGUGUGUCAGCAACUGCUUGCAAGACAGGCAUCACUCGGCCUAGCUUAGCAGACUAGAAAACCUCCGAUCCGACGAAUGAUGGACAACAACGUGAGCGAGGGCCGAAGAAAAUGGAAGAUGAUGGCACGCCUCACCACUCUAGUCACGGCCUUGCUGCUGGUAGAACUGCUGACAGUCUCAGUGCCGACCGCGGAGACAGUAUCGGUCGGUUCUUCGAAGUUGCUCGUGAAUGGAACCGACUGCAAGCUCGUCGAGCCAAUGUACAACGUGACGUUCGACUUUCACGAUCUCAGCUCUGACCUCAGCCAUCAUGUGAUUUCCGACCGAAACGAACGUUUUGUGUUCAACGUGUGUGGUGAGCGCCGGCCGUCCGCCUACCUUAUCCGUCCAACUGGCAAUACGACACUUGGUGACAGGGCCGAUUUGCGGCUUGAGGACGGUCGGUUGCAGUUUAGCUUUGUCGGUGAUCCCUGCGGGGCGAGCGGGCAACGCUACUCGCUUGAUCUCAUCCUGCUGUGCAGUUACGACCGAGCUAGCUCCGAACUGAGCGUCAUCCCAUAUUCAUCCGACCAGUGUCGUUACUUCAUCUUCUGGACCACGCCUCAUGCCUGUUUGCCGUUGCCGAAAGAGUUACGCGACGCACACUGCACCGUGACGGACACGACAAGCGGGCAUACCUACAACUUCAGUCCACUGGCCAACGUCAACCAUCUUGUACCAGAUGGACACGGAUCAGAGUUCCUGGUGGCCGCAUGUCGCCCUGUCCACUACGGUCACCUAGCCAUGUGUCCUCCGGGCAGCGGGGUUUGCUUCGUAAACAGCACCGAACCGGACAUUCGGCAACGGUACCUCGACUAUGGCCAAAUGGUGGCCAACCCGACGCUGAAGGACGGCCAGCUCGUGAUGGAGUUGCGCUCGGCCACCCAACAGUGUGGCGAUUCGCGGAUUGUCUUUGAGUGCGGGGUAGAAACAGGUAACGAGGGUCCACAGUACGUUGGCAAGAAGGGCUGCACUUACCAGUUCCGGUGGUCCACGUCAUUGGCGUGCGCUCGUAGUCAACGCCCUUGUUCGGUGUCUAAUCCGACUACCGGUACUGUGCACGAUUUGGGAUCGUUGGCUGAACGAGUGUAUGUCCUGACAGAAGCUAAUCGCACGUAUGAAGUGGCCGUUUGCCGUAUGCCACAGACGGUCACGCGGUGUCCUUCCGGUUCCGGUGCAUGUGAGAUCUCCGGGGCACAGUCGAUCAGCUUCGGAGACGUUAACGACGAGCUACAGUUCGGCACGACGGGUGCACCGUUCUUGCUGUACCAAUCGGGUGCCAUGUGUCGCGGUGACCAGCGUUGGACGACGAAGCUCGAGUUUAUCUGCGAAACAGAUUUAACUGAGGCCGACGGUGGUAUGGUGGCGCCGCGUGUUGUAGAGAGCGGCGAGGCGGCCAACUGUAAGAUGGUGGUGCAGUUUGAAACCGUGCUCGUGUGUGAACCGCCGAUGAAAUGUUUGGCGUAUAAUCGCACCUCCGACGAGUACAUCGACUUAACACCGCUCGCCAACUCCGUCGCCAACUACGAGGCACGGUUGGGCUCUACGGUAAACACUUCCGCAGCGCACCGUAAGUACUUUCUCAACGUUUGCCGGCCGCUUGUUCCUCAGUACGGAUUGAGCUGCAGGGGGGGAGCGUCAGCUUGUGAGGCCAUCUUUGACGGUACGACGUUCCGCAACGAGACAACUCUCGGUUUUCCCGACAUUUCGCUCAUGGUGGCUGACGAUGCGGUGCUGAUGAGGUAUCUGCGAGGCGAUCGUUGCACCAGCGACCCACACACCAACUCGUCGUCGACCGUUGCGUUCCGCUGCUUGCCGAAAGCCGGUUUUGGCCAGCCUGAGCUGCGCGAAGUUGAGCCUGAGUGUCACUAUCGGUUCGAUUGGGACACGGCUAUUGUUUGUCCUCCCACGACCGCAGUCCGAUUCGAGAAGAGCCACUGUAGCUUUACGAACGACGCAACCGGUGGUCAUUUGUCGCUGAAGGAGGCUCUCGAAAGUGACACCGUCAAAGGGUCUUCCGCGAAUAAUUCCCUAUACCUUGACGCAUUCUGUAGCGGUGAACACGAUGGCUUCGGUGCGUGGCUCGAUUACAGCUUGGGUGCGUUGCGCAUUAGCACGUCCGCUGCGUCCGGCGUGGGCUCGACCAGUGCGACCAUAAACUACAACCUAACACUGCUGUGUAGAGACGAACGUGCGCUUCAAUCAAUUACGGUCCAAUCUACGAGUACAAUCUUCGAAAAAAAGUUACGAUAUUCGGGGAACUUUUUGCAUCUCUUUUUAUGUGGUUAUGGUAGCCAUUUUCCGAAUGACCAAGGGUAUCUUCGCUCGCUUACAUUCUAGUUCAUUCAUAUCAAAGAGGGUAAAUAUCCCGAAUUCGAGUUUGAGAUUAAAGAGCUUACGUUAG